AUGAUUAAAAUUUAUAGUAUUUUAUUUAAAAUCAUUGAAAUAAAUGAAGAAUUAAAUGAAGAAUUAAAAGAAAAUUUUAAAUUUAAUGAUAAAUUUUUUUUUUUAAUUUGGAAAAAUAAUUAUUUAAAAUUUAAAAUUUUAAAUUAUUUAAAAAUUUAUCAAGAAUCUUUUAAAAAAGUAUUUUAUAAUUGUCAAGAUUUUAUUAAAUUUGAAAAAAAAGAAUUUAUUAAACAUUUAAUAAUAUGUUUUAAUGAUCCAUUAAAAUUAUAUUUUAAUAAAAUACCAAAUUCAAUUACAACUUUAGAACUUGUUGGAAAAUUUAAUCAACAAAUUAGAGAGAAUCAAAUACCAUCAUCAAUUAGUACACUAAAAUUUGGAAAUAAUUUUAAUCAAUCUAUUAGAAAAAAUAAUAUAAUUCCAUCAUCAGUUACAAAUUUAAUAUUUGAUUCAUUUAAUAGACCAUUAUCAAUAGAAUCAUUUCCAUCAUCAAUUCAUACUUUAGAAUUUAAUUGUUUUAAUCAAGUGAUUAAUUUUGGUGAAAUUCCAUCUUGUGUUAAAAAUAUAAAAUUUGGGUAUCCCUUUAAUAACUCAUUAAAAAAUUCAAUAGAAUCAUUAACAAUAAUGCAAUGCUAUGAUAGGAAAAUGAGAAAUAACGAAGAAAUAAUUAUUGAUUUAUAA